CAAAGAUAAAACCCUCCAAACUUUCAUCAACGGUCGUAGACAAGUAAACUAAACCCACCACCACCACAAUGAGCAGCUUCACCAGCUUCUACGAGACGUGGUUUGAGCAGCUUCACCACCUCGUCCACCAGCUCUCCACUUGUCCCAGACCCCCCACAACUCCUGACCACCACCACCAACUCCUCCACGUCGUCCAGAAAGUCAUGGCCCACUACGCCGAGUACUACCGUGUCAAGUCCCUUGCCGCGGAGCGCGACGCCCUCUCCGUCUUUGUUGCCCCCUGGGCCACCACCCUCGAGCGCUCCCUCCACUGGAUCGGCGGCUGGCGCCCCACCACUGCCUUCCACCUUGUGUACUCCGAGUCCUCCAUCCACUUUGAGGCUCACAUCGUUGACAUCCUCCGGGGCUACCGCACCGGUGACCUUGGGGACCUCACCCCCUCCCAGUUCCGCCGCGUCAGUGACCUCCAGUGCGAAACUGUGAAAGAGGAGAAUGCGAUAUCCGAUGAGUUAUCGGAGUGGCAAGACGGGGCGUGUGAGCUGAUGGGCGAAUACACUAAUCUGGAGACGAACAUGGGAUUGCUGGUGAGUGUGUUGAAGAAGGCUGACGAACUGCGGCUGAAGACUCUGAGAAAAGUGGUGGAACUGCUGACUCCACAGCAGGCUGUGGAGUUCUUGAUUGCAGCUGCCGAGUUGCAGUUUGGUGUCCGCGGCUGGGGGUUGAAUCAGGACCGUCGGCGUAGGAAUGUGUGAAUUUCGGUUAUGUUAAUCAGACGGUGUUUUUUUGAUCGUUGGCGGAAGUUAAUCGGGUAUACACCGUCGUUAAUUUGUUUGCAGUCUUGAAGUACUACCAACAUAUUGUAUGCAGGCUGUUUAACGUUGAUCUUUUCGUGUUUUGUAUCCUCCCAUCAGCACCGAUGAUCAAAUAAAGAAUUAAUCGUAUUUACUUUCACCGUUGGAUUA